GCGGGCGCAGCGCACAUGUGCGGCCGCCCGGCACAUGCUCACUGGGCGCGGCGCAUGAGCAGACGCGGCGCGGGGGCCAUCGGACAUCUUGGGCUGCCCCGCACAGAGCGGGGAGCGUCGCCGCUGGGCCCCGCGGCGGGAGCAGUCCGCCGCCCCCGCGCCGCCCGGCCCGCCUGCCCGCCCUGGCGCCGGCUGCUUUCCCUUCCCCCGCCUCCCCCGGGCCGCUUAAAGCAUCCCUCCUCCCCUCUUGCGUUUGUCUUAAUUCUUCUCAGAGACAAGAUGGCAACGCCGGCGGCGGUAAACCCUCCCGAGAUGGCAUCAGAUAUUCCUGGCUCGGUGGCCUUGCCGGUGGCGCCCAUGGCAAGUGGACAAGUGAGAAUGGCAGGAUCCAUGCCCUCCAGAGGAGGAAAGCGCCGCUCUGGAAUGGACUUUGAUGACGAAGAUGGGGAGGGACCCAGCAAAUUUUCAAGGUAUGAUGGUGAUCAAAUCUCGGGUGAUAAGGAAAAGUUUGCAAGGUGGAGUGAUGGUCACAGUGCUGCUGCCACGGAGAGGAUGGCCAGGGAGAACCACAGCGAGAUCGAGCGGCGCAGGCGGAACAAGAUGACGCAGUACAUCACGGAGCUGUCCGACAUGGUGCCCACCUGCAGCGCCCUGGCACGCAAGCCUGACAAGCUGACCAUCCUGCGCAUGGCUGUCUCGCACAUGAAGUCCAUGAGGGGCACUGGCAACAAGUCCACCGAUGGAGCCUACAAGCCUUCCUUUCUCACAGAACAGGAGCUGAAACACCUGAUCCUGGAGGCUGCGGAUGGGUUCCUGUUCGUGGUGGCAGCCGAGACGGGCAGGGUGAUCUACGUGUCGGACUCGGUGACGCCGGUGCUGAACCAGCCGCAGUCGGAGUGGUUCGGCAGCACCCUGUACGAGCAGGUGCACCCCGACGACGUGGAGAAGCUGCGGGAGCAGCUCUGCACCUCGGAGAACUCCAUGACAGGACGUAUCCUGGACCUGAAGACUGGAACAGUAAAGAAGGAGGGUCAGCAGUCCUCCAUGAGAAUGUGCAUGGGAUCAAGGCGCUCCUUCAUUUGCAGGAUGAGGUGUGGGAAUGCUCCUCUGGAUCACUUACCCCUGAACAGGAUAACCACCAUGAGAAAAAGAUACAGGAACGGCCUUGGUCCAGUGAAGGAAGGGGAAGCACAGUAUGCUGUUGUGCACUGCACUGGCUACAUCAAGGCUUGGCCGCCAGCAGGAAUGACUAUUCCAGAAGAAGAUGCUGAUGUGGGCCAAGGCAGUAAAUAUUGCCUCGUGGCAAUAGGAAGGCUUCAGGUAACCAGCUCUCCUGUCUGCAUGGACAUGAAUGGCAUGGCCGUGCCCACCGAGUUCCUCUCCCGGCACAACUCCGACGGCGUCAUCACCUUUGUGGACCCACGGUGCAUCAGCGUCAUUGGCUACCAGCCCCAGGAUCUUCUGGGCAAGGAUAUUUUAGAGUUCUGCCAUCCUGAAGAUCAAAGCCAUUUGAGGGAGAGUUUCCAACAGGUGGUGAAGCUGAAGGGCCAGGUGCUGUCCGUGAUGUAUCGCUUCCGCACCAAGAACCGCGAGUGGAUGCUCAUCAGGACCAGCAGCUUCACCUUCCAGAACCCUUACUCGGAUGAGAUUGAGUACAUCAUCUGCACCAACACUAACGUCAAACAACUGCAGCAGCAGCAAGCGGAGCUGGAAGUACAUCAAAGAGACGGGCUGGCAUCCUACGACUUAUCCCAGGUGCCUGUUCCAAGCAUACCAGCCAGCGUUCAUGAGGGUGGGAAGUCUGUGGAAAAGCCUGAUGCUAUCUUCUCCCAGGAGAGAGAUCCUAGGUUUGCCGAGAUGUUUGCUGGGAUAGCUGCUUCAGAUAAAAAGAUGAUGGCCUCAGCAUCCACAGCAGGAAGCCAGCAGCUCUACUCACAGGGAAGCCCAUUUCAGCCAGGACAUUCAGGAAAGACUUUCAGCUCCUCGGUGGUGCAUGUGCCUGGCGUGAACGACAUCCAGUCCUCUUCCUCCACGGGGCAGAACCUGACGCAGAUCUCUCGCCAGCUGAACCAGGGCCAGGUGGCCUGGACAGGCAACCGCCCACCAUUUCCAGGACAGCAAAUUCCAUCCCAGUCUGGCAAAGCUCAGUCGUCUCCCUUCGGGAUCGGGACAGGUCACAGCUACCCUGCCGACCCGUCGUCCUACAGCCCCCUGUCCAGCCCGGCCACCUCCUCCCCCAGCGGCAAUGCCUACUCCAGCUUGGCCACACGCAGCACCGGCUUCGCUGAAGGUGGCCAGAGCAGCAGCCAGUUCCAGGGGAGGCCUUCGGAAGUGUGGUCCCAGUGGCAGAGCCAGCAUCACAACCAGCAGAGUGGCGAGCAGCACUCGCACCCCCAGCCCAGCCAGACCGAGGUCUUCCAGGACAUGCUGCCCAUGCCGGGGGACCCGACGCAGGGCACAGGCAACUACAACAUCGAAGACUUUGCUGACCUGGGCAUGUUCCCACCCUUCUCUGAGUAGCCUGGCGAGCAGAGGGAAGUUCUCCACGGCCGCCUGGGUGUAGUUUUGGCUCCGCUGUUCCCUGUGUCGCGUCUGUGUAGCAGCUCCUAAAGCCGAGGACACGUCUCCGGUGCUCCAUAGCGGUGUAGGCCUUGCUCUCUGCUCCUCGGUGCCGACAGAGGAGCUCCAGCGCAGCUUACAGGUCAUUGACAGCUCCAUCUUGGGUUUUGUUCUCUUUACUUUUAUUGCCAUCUACCUCAGAGAUGAAAAACUUUGCUUGACUUCAAAAACAAAAGAUAUCUCUGAGUCGUGAGGAUGUGAAUGUGAGCAAGAGCUGCUGCUGUGCUGCAGCAGCCGAAGGGGUGGCACAGACUGACAGAGAGGUGGGGCAGAGUCCUGGUACAGUGCCUACCACUCCAUUUCGAUGCCUUGCUUUAAGCUUGCGUUUCUGGGAGCAGACCGAACCUUCUCUUUUCUUUGCUUCUUGUAGUUGUUAGGUCACUUUGAAUGUGAGAUGAAGCGGUGUGGCGUAGGCCUGUCUCUGCCUCUCCUCAGCGGCCCUUGCCUGCACGCUUGGUGCUGUCUGCCUGCCUGGUGCUGCAGGAGUGCCCCCUGCGCUGGCGGCUUUGCCUCUGCCAAGAGGCCGUGCUGGUGUGUCCUGCAGAGGCUGGCCACACGGGAGGAGAGUUUAGGUACCGUGGCGUCUCCAUCGCUUCACCUAGGUGUUCUUACUUGGAAUUCAGGUGGUUCUCUGCUCAGAACAAACAUUUGCCUACAUAAGCUAUUAGUCUGGUUUUGCACUGAAUUGAGGCUGUAACUCGGUACACUGCUCUGGCUGCUCUAAUCUCUGCUGCCCCUGCUUCCCCGGAGCACUGCCUGCCACAAAGGACUGUAAACACCUCCAUCAGCUGCACUUCCCGGCUGCGACCUGCCUUGUUAUGCUGUUAAACCUCACAUUCUAACAGCGCAAGGUGGUGACCUGUUGCUAGGAAAUCAUUCCAGCUCGUUUGCUGCUAGCAGUGAGCUGCUUUUGUAGUGUGUGAUUGCUUUAGAGUGAGCUGGUGACACAUCUCAGUUGGACUCUGGUCUACCGUGUCCACAGUGGUAACUUGAACUUGUGCUUGGAUUCCCGAGCAAGCAUUUCUGCUAAACCCUCUCAGCCCCAUUCUGCUAAAGAGGAGAUUUUCAGCUUACCAAGUAUGUGCAGGCUUCUUGGUUGUUGAGAGUGCUGUGUGCUUCCCUGCAGAGGGAAGUCCAUCACCUUCCUCUUGGGCUAGUCACCUGCCAUGUAUCUUCAUCAGCACCAUGGGAGGAAGUUUGUUGCUCAGUAUUUCAGAUGCAUGAUGGGUUGGGCUGAGGGCCAGCAUUUUCAUCCAGAUCAUUUCACCUGGAAUGGGAGGAGAAGGAAUUGAUGAUGAGGACAAAAACAGAGUUCCCAUGUGCAGUCUGUUCAUCAUCUUUGAGGCUGGAUAGUGGUAGCCAGCCCUCGCAGAGGAAGAAGGGGACAAAUUCCCUCAACAUCUGCAUAUCCAGGGGCCAUCACAGACCUUGAAACAGCAAGGCCAGGGCACACCCCUGUCCACAGCCAUUCUUAGACCUCAGAGCACUAAGAUCUGCCUUCUAAUAGCUCCUCUUGACUUCUAGAGUGCCCCUGGGAGGAGACUGUGUGCACAUUCUGCAGUCAGAGGAGCACCCUGGGAAGCAGGCAGACCCCUGUCCUGCAGUCUGCUCUGGCUGCACAGGUUUCUUGCUGGUAAGCAAUGCAGGCAGCUGGGCUACAGCAAACAUGGCCAGGAAGGUGUCUUUGGCAGCCAUAUGGUGGUGUUGCCAUCUGAUGUGGCCUUCCUGGCCUCUCUGCCAACAGCCUGGCAUUUCAGUGUCCAGAAAGAGUCCUUCCUGCUGUUUCUCUCACUAAACCUGGGACCAAUCUCUUACCCUGUAUGCAAAUGGGGCUGGGGGCCUCUUUUUGUAGGACAUUUUGUGUAUCUCUAGGUGCAGUAGUGGAGAGGCCUCAGAUCUCCUGCUCUGUACUUGGCUGACCAAAAUCAUGCUGAGAACAACCAACCUCUCCUUGUAUCUCUUCCCUCCCGGGGGCAGGAAAAGCCCUUCCUUGGUUAGCAAGCCACCUGCUUACACACUGCUCCCUUACAGAAAUGCAUGCCCAGCCUCCUGGAGCCUUCUGCCUUCCUGCUUGCUGCUCACAUGAGUGGCUGCUCUUGGACUUAGGCAGGCAAAGCUCUGCUGUCCCAGCAGGAAAGGUGCCUGGGUGCUGAGCAAGGUGGCAGCUUUGCAGAGCAGGGCAUGCCUUCAGAAGGGGCUCAUCACCAGGGGAGCGGGCAGAGGAUGAGCAGUUUGUAUGGAUGAGCAGAGGACACCAUCAGUUCUCCAGUGCUCUGGCAGAUGUUGCUUCACACGGUGAAGAAGCGCUGGAGAAAGGCUGUUCCUGCUUUGCUUUGCCCAGCAAGCUGCUCAGAGCAGAUUUACAAUUCACUUCAGUUCCUGAUUUCAACCUAAGAAUAAGAUUUUUAAAGUAGUUUUCCUUCUCCUAAUGUCAGUGAUGAUUGCUUCCGUAGUGUGUCGUGGGGGUUGUGCCACUGCAGGAGCCUUUUCCUGUGCCAAAUGGCUCAUGCAGUCCGAAGGGCGCUUUUAGCAGCUCCCCUGCACACCUCUGCUUCUGCUGGGGGCUUUCACUGCCGUGCUGUUGGGUUUCUAAGCCUGCAGGCCUGAGGCGUCAAAGCAUGGACUGCUGCUGCCUUGCAGCCCUCUCCUGCCUCUCUGGAGGCGAGAGGGGAUGUCUGCUCUGUUAAGGGGCAGUCCAGAUAGUGCCAGGUUUGGCUUGUGAGCUGUUCUCGUCCCCCACUGCUGUUCUGUCAUCCCGAGCUAGUGCUUUCCUUGGCAUUCCCACCCUUCCUUCCGUCCCUCCCACUCUCAGCCAUCCCACCUCUGCAGUGCUGUCCCACACCCAGAUGGGAGGCGCUGGGCUGUGGGGAGGGAGCCCUGAGCGAGCUGCAAGCUUGGCAGCUCUGUGCAGGCUCAGCAUGUUCUGCUGCUGCCACAGCCGCGGCCCAGGUCCUGUGGCCAGAGCAGCUGUCCUGGAUCUUUUGUACCCUGUUUGGUUCCUACAGCAGCUUCCUUGCCCUGCAGCCGAAGCUGUGCAGUGCAUUUGCAGUGCUGACCUUUGUGCUCCAUGCCCUUGGUGUAGCUUUGCUGGCACGCUGGCUGCCCGUGUCCAGCGUCCCACAGUGGUGGACUCCUCCUUCCUUUCCCGGUGUUGAAGCUGGAAGUGAAGCUGAGAUUGCUGAUCAAACCGUGCUGCAAGCACAGGGUGUCUUGGAACUGAGUCUUCCGGGGGUUAAACUGGUGGAGCAAGAAACUGCAAGUGGUCAUAAAGGCUUGAGGGAGUUCUUUCAGUGAGCAGCUGAGAAGGUGUUAGCUACUGAACUGCUUACGCUCAGUCACCCCGAGUCUAACAGGGGGCUCCCUCACACUGCUUGUGCAAAGUGCUGCUGGUAGUUCCUAUGGUGAUGCUUUAACCAGAUCGUUCCAUUUGUAGCUCUGUUGCCUUCUUUUCUGUUGCAGUCCCCUAUGAAAGUGUAAAUAGUCCCUGCAGUACUGCCUUCUGAACCCUGCACUGCUGUUGGCACAGUGCUCCAUAGUGUGGGACUUAGCCAGUUGCUAUGACAUAUAUUUUUAUACGUGGGUGUACUCUCUCCGGGAGGGUACUAGAGCCAUUUGGUGGUGAAUGCCUUACCAGUCUCAUCCUGCUGUUGCUCUUCGUUUGCAAGGUAUUGAGUGGACUAAUUUCUAGUUCAGAUAUUUUCACUUUUCCUGGCAGUGCUCAAGUUUGGCUUUGGGUGAUUUAUUUUGUUUUGCCAGAGCCCCAUUUUUCACAGUUGUUAGCUGUCAGGAGAAUGUGGGCUCGGUUUGGUUUCUGUUCGUGGAGCAAAGAGAAGGUGAUGGCAUCUCACUGUCUUUGAAAGGUCAGGCUUUGCCUGCUCUGAACUGGAGUGCGUUUCGUGGAGCUGAUGACUGUGGGCAUUGAUUACUUUGUGUAGAUUAACGGGCUUUAAAAAAUCAAAUGAAACAACUCCAAAAAUGGGCUUCUGUCACUCUUAGGCACUUGGUUAUGUAUCUGUUGAAACUCUUCCUAUUGGUGUGAAAUUGUGCUGUGGAUAAAGUGUAUUUUGUACUGCUGGAUGUUCUAUAUUUAUGACUAACGAGUACAGAAUCAGUUGUGUGUCUGUAUAACUAAUAACUGCCUUUUUAAAGCUCAUGCAAAUAAAUCUGGCAUCAGCUGUUGGUAA